ACGACACAUCAUAUUCUCUCUUCUCUUUUACUUUCUCUCUCUUUUCUUUCCCUCUCCCCCACCUUUAUCUUCAUCACCUUUCCCUCCCCCUACCCCUACCUUCAUUGUCUUGGGGAGUGUUACUGUUAAGUCGGCGUCACAUUAGAUCAACAUCUGAGAUUGCCUUUUAUAUAUAUAUAUAUAUGUAACGAAGCACAACUCAACUGAUUGAGUAAUUUAAAGUUUUGCUUCGUUGAUAAUUACAAGGUGCAGAGUUCAAACGAAUUGAAGUUGGUUUAUAUAACAUCACAUCCUUCCCCCACCCAAGAUUUUUCUCCCCAAGCUAUCAGAUCAGAUCCUUUUUCAUGCUGUGAUUGUCAUUAAGAUUGAAAUUCUUCGAUUUGGAUCUCUUUCUCAUCAAGCUAUAGCGUAGACACCCAAAGUCACUGUAAUGGCUACAGGAGGGGCUUCCCAAUUUUUCUUCUUAUUGUGUCUUCUCAUUUCCUGCUCGUAUGGGGCAUCUUCUGCAAGUAUAAACUUUGAUGAACACACAGAUCUUAAAAGGGAAAAGCAGCAGGUGCAGGCAUUCCAUUUGUCCAGAAAAGAUAUGCAAAACUAUGUUCCAGCCUGGGUAAAUCCAAUGAAUCAUGAUCAGCUAAUGGGUGAUCCAUCAACACCUACAACGCCAGUUACCAACCCUGUCACAACACCUCCGGCGGCCAAUUUACCUCCGGCGGGAAUUGUCACCGUCCCGGCCACAACCCCAACCCCGUCGGCUCAGACGCCACCCAACCCAGUUUCUAGCCCUCUACCUGUCCCCUCCACAAACCCAAAUCCAGUGAACACACCACUUCCUGCCGUCACUAAUCCUGUCACAACACCCUCCGGCGGAGGCUUUCCUGUCACGCCGCCUGCUGCGGCAACCAAUGCGCCGCCUGUUUCCGGGGGGCAGAGCUGGUGCGUGGCGAGGAGUGGAGUGCCGGAGAUUACGCUGCAAUCUGCGCUGGAUUAUGCUUGCGGGAUUGGCGGUGCGGAUUGUUCAGGCAUUCAGCAGAGUGGGAGCUGCUACAACCCAAAUUCUCUGCAGAAUCAUGCCUCUUUUGCAUUUAACAGCUAUUAUCAGAAGAAUCCCCUGCCCACUAGCUGUGACUUCGGGGGGACUGCCAUCGUUACUAGUACAAAUCCAAGCUCUGGUUCUUGUGUUUACCCAACAUCAGGAUCAUCUUCAUCUUCUUCAUCACCGCUCACACAAAAUCCAACUCCAUCAGCUCCGAUCACGACGCCCACUACAACUCCAACCACAACUUCAUCAUCUGGAACAGGAUUAUUGCCUGACUCGGGCACACCACCAACAUUGUUAAAUGCAAGCAAUCCUGUGCCUGGAGGGGAAAUGCCUGGCUUGGGAGGUGCCAUUCCUCUUGGAAACACCUCCACAAUAUCCAUGUCGCCCAUUCUGCAACCCUUUGUUGGCUACAUCUUUCUGCUGGCAUCCAUCUGUACUGGGACACUUGCCCUCAAAAUCUGAGGAGUCCCUAAUUACCAAACUGGAUCUAAUUGGCUUUCAAGCUAGCUAGCUAUAUGUACAGUUCCGUUGGAUCGGAGGAGAACAUCAAGCUAAGGUUUAGAGAUCAGAGCUAUACCUUUAUACCAUCCCACUUCUGUUCACAAGUUAGUACACUUUGAUUCAAGCCCCUUAGACUACAUGCACAUCUUUCAUAUUUUAGUGCUUAAUAUUACUAGAUUAUGAAAUAGGUUAUUACUAGAUUCAUGGUUUAAAUGGAGUUGUGUAAAUCAAAUUCUUGUUUCAUUUCUUUCUCUCUCUCUCCUUGAUCUGGAAAGAAGAUAUUACAAUGGUUUAAUUAAAUCCCAUGCCUCGGCUCUCAGGAGUCAAGAACAUCACUCCUGACUCCUCAACUUGCCACAAUAUUUUAAGCAAGCAUUCAUCAAAUUAAGAUUAUUAUAGGUUUCAGGAUGA